AUUGCCGCCAAAGAAGAAGAUUUAACCCAGUUUAUUUUUGGUUCACAGCAACCGAAGAACCUGGAGGGCUACGUGGGCUUCGCAAACCUCCCCAACCAAGUGUACAGAAAAUCAGUGAAGAGAGGCUUCGAGUUCACGCUCAUGGUAGUGGGAGAAUCUGGUCUGGGGAAGUCCACUCUUAUAAACUCACUGUUCCUCACGGACCUGUACUCACCAGAAUACCCAGGACCAUCGCACCGGAUCAAGAAGACUGUACAGGUGGAACAGUCUAAAGUCCUGGUAAAAGAAGGUGGAGUCCAGCUGCUGCUCACUAUUGUCGAUACUCCGGGCUUCGGCGAUGCAGUCGAUAACAGCAACUGCUGGCAGCCGGUCAUCGAUUAUAUUGAUAAUAAAUUCGAGGAUUACCUGAACGCAGAGUCCCGGGUCAACAGGAGACAGAUGCCUGAUAACAGAGUCCAAUGCUGCCUGUACUUCAUCGCUCCCUCUGGACAUGGACUCAAACCUCUCGACAUUGAGUUCAUGAAGAGGCUCCACGAGAAGGUGAACAUCAUCCCCCUGAUCGCCAAAGCGGACACCAUGACCCCAGAGGAGUGUCAGCAGUUCAAGAGACAGAUCAUGAGAGAAAUUCAAGAGCACAAAAUCAAAAUCUACGAGUUCCCCGAGACGGACGACGAGGAGGAGAUGAAAUUCGUCAGAAAAAUAAAGGAUCGCUUGCCUCUGGCCGUCGUCGGGAGCAACACCAUCAUCGAGGUCAACGGGAAGCGGGUGCGCGGACGGCAGUAUCCCUGGGGCGUGGCCGAAGUGGAAAACAGUGAACACUGCGAUUUCACAAUCCUAAGAAACAUGCUAAUCAGAACUCACAUGCAGGACUUGAAAGACGUGACCAACAAUGUUCACUAUGAAAAUUACCGCAGCAGAAAACUGGCAGCCGUCACUUACAACGGAGUCGACAACAACAAGAACAAGGGCCAGCUAACCAAAGAAGAGACAGGUGAUGGCAUGAGUCCUCUGGCCCAGAUGGAGGAGGAGCGGCGCGAGCACGUGGCCAAGAUGAAGAAGAUGGAGCAGGAGAUGGAGCAGGUGUUUGAGAUGAAGGUCAAGGAGAAGCUGCAGAAGCUCAAGGACUCCGAGGCCGAGCUGCAGAGACGUCACGAGCAGAUGAAGAAGAACCUGGAGGCGCAGCACAAAGAGCUGGAGGAGAAACGGCGUCAGCACGAGGAGGAGAAGGCGUCCUGGGAGGCACAGCAGAGAAUCAUCGAACAGCAGAAACUAGACCUGUCCAGGACCUUGGAAAAGAACAAAAAGAAGAAGAUAUUUUAAAAACUCUUAUGAACUCUCCCAAACGUACAGGAUAUCCAUGCCUGCCUGCCGCUUCUAUCCGGAUGGCGCACACUUUCACUGUACAGCGCUCACCACCAGGGGUCAGUGUUGUCUGGACUCUGAACAGUAUCUUUUGUUGACAUAAUUUCUUUCACAUAGAUGUAUUUUUCUUUCCCAAUAUAAAACACGCAGUAGUAUCCUAUUUUACUGAGUAUUUAUCAUUUUCUUGUAUUUACGGUUUAUACAAAGCCAAAGUUGUCUCAAAGGACGCCAAGUAAACAUUUUUAAAAGUUAUGUUAGGUAUUUAGAUAUAUUUAUUUUAUGUUUUUUACAGUAUUGUUUUAAAGCUGCACUAUGUCACUUUUCUGGUUUCUUCUCUGUCCCGCAGUAUGGCAUUUAACACAUCUGUAUUGCUUUUAUUCCAUUACUGUGUUUAAAAAAAAAAAACAGAAAACCCAUUCUGACUGUGAGCCAGGUCGCCUCUCCACAGAUCUGACCUGUAACUUGUUUGUCUCCAUGGAUAGAUGAGCUUAAUGUGGACAAAACUAUAAAAUCUCCAUGGAGACGAGCAGGCGGCAAACCUUCCACCAGAAAAGUUACACAUUGCGCCUUAAACUGAUACACGUAACUCCAAUUUCUGCCAAAUCAAUUAAUUUUCUUACUUUUAUGUAUUUAAAUAUUGUUACCACUUUAUUGUAAUUCAGUAGCUUAGGCAUAUAUCUUCAGUUAGCUUCAGUUAG